UUUCAUAUAUAAGUAUAAUUAUUAUUAAUAGAAUGUUAAUUACUAUUUCAGAAUGAAUCAUCCCGUAGCCUACUCUUCUAACGAGGUCGACAGCGCCUGAGGAACUAGGGUAGGUGGGCGUUGUGAGAGACGUAACUAUCCUCACGAAAGACCAGGAAUCUUGUGAUCACCAACCUCUGCCUCAGAAGACCAUCAACAUGGCUCCUGUUGCCAAGUCCAAGAAAGCUCCAAGGACAUCGACUGGUCCUAAGAAGCGUGGCCGGCCUAAGGGAUCCAAAAAUAAGGUUGCAGCUAAAGGCCCUUCAAAGGUUGCCAAGGGUACGACAAAAGCAGCCAAAGGCAACUCUAAUCCGGUUAAAUUUGCCGAACUCGUUCAAGCUGCGUUUGAAGCUCUCGAUAACCGCAAAGGAACUUCCCUUCAGGCAGUCAAGAAGUACCUGAAGGAAAACAAUAACAUUGACGCCCGGAAGAAAUCUGUUUACAUUAAUAAGGUAAUCAAGAACAUGACUGACAACGGGGUUAUUCUACACGUAAUUGGCAAAGGCGCCAGAGGAAGCUUCAAGUUGGCCAACAGUCAGAAGUUCAAGCAUGGAAAUUCAAGCUCUCUGAAGUUCUCCAAACAUGUGCUGGCAGCCCUGGAGGCUCUGGAUAACCGAAAGGGAUGUUCUCUCCAGGAUAUCAAGAAGUACCUGAAGGAGAACAAAGGUGUCGAUCCAAAGAAGAAGGCUGUUCACAUCAAUAAUGCUAUCAGAGCCCUGACUCAAGAGGGGAAAUUCCGCCAAGUUGUCGGAACGGGAGCUAAAGGACGUUUCAGGUUGCAGAAGGAAGAUGUGAUUGCACCCAGCUUCUCGGACCUUGUUUUUGAAGCUUUCAAGGCCCUGGAUAAUCGCAAGGGAUCUACUCUGCAAGCUGUGAGGAAGUACCUGAAGGAAAACAAUGGGAUUGAUCCCCAAAAGAAGGCUGUUUAUAUCAACAAGACCAUACGAAGAUUCUUAGAAGAUGGAACACUCCAACACUUGAUCGGUUCUGGAGUCAAGGGAACAUUCAAAUUGUGUAAGUCUCAACCACCACCGAGGAUCAGUCACAAGAAAACAAAGAAAGCAAGUAAGGAGGAGGAAGCUCCCAAAGAAGAGGAAGUGAUUGAAGAUGAUGCCGAUGCCAGUGAAGAAAAGUAAAGUCUGUUCUUCAUUUGUAUCGGACGGAUUGGAUCGGCUUUUAGACUUAGCAAAGGUUUUGGAGAAAUUUUUACAAAUAAAUAAAUUUUUUACGUUU